AUGGCUACCGGAUUUUCACCAGCACCGCGGAAAGAGGGCACUUGGACCAAACUUGUGAUCUUUGUUGCCCUCUAUCUCUUGAUUCUCGAGUCGAUGCUACAGCUAGUCCUCGUCUUGUUCCUCUAUGGCAAUCACCAGGUCGACUCGAAGAUGACCGUGAGUCUGGUACUAUCUUUGGUCUCGUCUUUUUUGACGAUUCCUCUUGUAUCCCUUCAAAGCCUCGUCGCUUGGCAAUACAACAAAAUUGGUGGAUUUGGCGAGCAAAAGACAGUCUUGCACAAUGUUUGCUCUUACGUCUACCGACUUGACCUCAUGCUUUGGCUGGCUACCAGUGUCUCAGGCCUGGUAGUUGCGGCCCAGCAGGUCUACUGUUUGCCAGAAGGAACGGAUGCCACCUUCUGGCGAGUUGGAAUGAGCUGUGCUUUUCACCGUUCGACUGUCAUCGUCUCCGUCGUGACUUUAGUCACUGUCUGUACUAUGUAUUGCGCGAGGGAACUAUGCGACCGACCAUAUGACGUCUCGAUCAUCGGCAUCUACAAACGCCAGCAGGCUAUCCGGAAUGGCAGCAUUCUGUCAGGACACAGCUGGGAUAGUGAUGAGACCCUCAAAAACGAAAUUCUCAAUCUCUGUCGCCAACACGAUGGCAAGGUAGGGGAGGAACCUUGGUACAUCGAUCCUAUUGCGAACAAGGUCAGCUGCCAUCCGAGUAUCCGGCACCCUGCUCCAGUUCGCCUGCGACCCCAGCUUCGUGUCAAUACCAACCCGGGCUCGGAAUACGGCGAGAUCACCUCUGGUACCACCCUAUCUCCAGAUGAUUCGUACCCUCGUAUUUCUCCUAGCGGUCAAACGCUCACUAGUGACUUCUGCCCUAUCUCUCGAACAUCUACCGUCUUGACCACCCACACCUCCGAGUCCAAAAAUUUGCUCGCCGACUUCAUGGCUCCCAAAGUGCCACCAAUCCCCAAGCAAUAUACUGCCUAUCACAAACGCGGAAAGUCGUCUCUGUCUUCGCUGAAACGCUUCCUUCCCAAGUCAUUCCCGCUUUCCUUGCCUUUGUCUUCGGAUCCCCAGAUUCGCGCCCUGACCGACCCCAAUGCCGCAUCAGAUGUCGAAAAACAAAGUGUCACUCCUUCCAUCAGCAAGGACCAGCCCGAGACCACAACUCAAGUGAAAACCACAAGUGGUGAGACGACUGUUUCGACAAAACCCACAACAACUCAAACUCCAUCGAACCCCACCGAUCAAACCACUGCCAAAAAGCCCGAGAGUCACAAUCGGACUAUGACUAUGAACUCCGCCGAUGCCCCUGAGGUUGUCGUCGCACCGGAGCCAGCUAAGGUGCGACGAUCUCAGACAGAAUGUCUCACCACAGCCGGCGGCUCCAUUCACCAUCCCCAUCAUCCUAACUACGUCCCCGGUGCCGCGCCAUCGCCUUCGCUUGUCUCUACUCCUGGCCCAAUCAACCCUCGCAAAUACUCGGCGUCUUGCAGACAAAACAACGCCAUUCUCCCGAUGCUUAUUCCAGCACCUCCCCGAAGCACUUCCCGUCAAGCCCCGCAACAGCCCCGUGUUGCGCAACUCCCUGCCCCGGUCCGAAGCAGCUCCUACUCCUUCGAGCAAUCACACAUCUCUCGCCAUACUCAGAGCCAGUAUCACCCUCAAUACUACCCUCCUCAGCCGCUCCCCACCCGCUGGGCAAGUCAGCAUGUCUUCGACCCCAGCUGUGUCAUCCCGCCUUCUCGCCGUAAUGACGUCGAAAUCAUCUAUCCGAGCACUCGUCGGCCCCGCAGCAGUACCCACGGUGGACUGAAUGCCCCCUGA